UCACUCGCGCCUGAGGAAAAUGGCGGACGGUGUGGAUCACAUCGAUAUCUACGCCGACGUAGAGGAGGAGUUCAGCCAGGAAGCAGACUACCCUGUUCAUGAUCAGAUCGACCUGUACGACGACGUGAUCUCCCCGUCGGCCAACAAUGGCGACGCGCCAGAGGAUCGCGACUACUUGGACGCGCUGCCUACGCAGGGGGGCUCCGAUGGAGGCAAAUCCGCCCCGCCCAAUGUGGUCUACACCUAUUCGGGGAAAAGGAUCGCACUGUACAUCGGAAACCUCACAUGGUGGACAACAGAUGAGGACCUCACAGAAGCAAUCCGAUCAAUAGGGAUCACAGAUGUGUUGGAAAUCAAGUUCUUUGAAAACAGAUCCAAUGGGCAAUCCAAAGGGUUUGCUCUUGUAUGCGUGGGCUCCGAGGGCUCAUCCAGGAAGCUAACGGAGCUUUUGUCCAAAAGAGAGUUGCACGGUCAGAAUCCCAUUGUGGCGCCGUGCAACAAGCAGUCUCUCAGCCAGUUUGAGAUGCAGUCCCGUAAAAGUAAGCACAGUAACCAGUCAGGCCAGAUGUCAGGUGAAGGAAAAGCUGGUCCUCCUGGCGGAGGCCGCGCCGGCUUUCCCAUGGGCAGUCGAGGAAGUCGAGGCAGGUUUCCUGGGCCCCCCGGCGGCCCUGCAUUAGACCGUUUCCCCGGCUCUAUCGGGCCCGGUGGGCCGCCGCCGCACUUCCCUGGCGCUGGACUGAGACCUGAUCUGAUUAGGCACCAAGAUGGCCACCUGGAUAUUGCUUUCAAUCCCGGGAGUUGGCGUGACAGAGGUGGGCUGCCAGGGCCCCCACGUCCUCCUCCCGGUCCCCCUGGCCCACCAGGACCACCUCCGGGUCAGGGCCUACCCCUUCCUCUUGGUCCUCCCAAUCGUGGGGACAGGCCACCUCCCCCCGUUCUCUUCCCAGGUCAGUUUGGCCAGCCACCUUUAGGACCCCUACCUCCGGGCCCCCCACCCCCUGGUUACGGCCCACCUCCUGGACCGCCGCCGCCCCAGCAAGGCCCCCCGCCCCCGGGACCCUUCCCGCCGCGUCCCCCCGGCCCAAUCGGACCCCCCUUGGCUUUGGCUCCACCUCCUCACUUGGGAGGCCCUCCGCCUGGCGGUCCGCCGCCUGCUCCCCAUGUCAAUCCUGCUUUCUUCCCCCCGCCUGGUGGCAACAACAUGCCCCCCAAUGACAGCAGGGGCCCCCCUGGACCAAAUGAUCCAUAUGGACGCCCACCACCAUAUGAGAGAGGAGACUACGGUCCUGGAGGCCGGGACAUGGAGUCAUCUCGGACCCCUCUGAGUGAGGCCGAGUUUGAAGAGAUCAUGAACAGAAACCGGGCUAUCUCCUCCAGCGCCAUUUCCAGAGCGGUGUCUGACGCCAGUGCAGCGGACUACGGCAGCGCCAUCGAGACGUUGGUCACUGCCAUCAGUCUGAUUAAGCAGUCCAAAGUGUCGGCCGACGACCGCUGCAAGGUCCUCAUAAGCUCCCUCCAGGAUUGCCUCCACGGAAUCGAGUCCAAAAGUUACGGCUCCACCAGGCGUGAGCGUUCCAGAGAGCGAGACCACAGCCGCUCGAGGGAAAAAAGCAGACGCCACAAGUCUCGCAGUCGCGAGCGCCACGAGGACUACUACCGCGAACGCAGCCGUGAGCGGGACCGCCACCGCGAGAGGGAUCGCGACCGGGAUCGUGAGAGGGAGAGGGAGCGGGAAUAUCGACACCGCUAAUGGACAAGUGAGUUUUAACUUUGGGACAAUGAAGAAAGAAGCUUUGACUUGAGAAGGUAAGUGCAAGGUAAGUGUCCUUUUGAAAUUGAGCCACUUUGAAUUGUCACACACAAGUGUCAUGAUGUGAUAAAAUGUGAUCUAACUGCUUUUCAAAAAGAAAUAUUUUUGCAUCUAUGCAAUUGUUUUUUUUUCUUUUUUGUUGUUGUUUUUGGGCCACAGGCAUUUCACUGCAAUCAAUACAUUUAUAUCAUAUUGAGUGUUAUAAUAGCUGAAAGUAGAGGUGCAACAAUUAAUCGACAACUAAUCGAUUGUCAAAAUAAUCAAUAAUUUUAUAUCAAUUAAUCAUUUAGCUAUUAUUUUUUAAUUUAGAAUUGUCAAAAUCCACAGAAUUUGAGGCUGUCAACUGUAAAGAUUCUCUGAGCACUGUCAUCUUCCAUGAAUUAUGUUUGUGUUGAAUUAAAAUGUAACAUUUGCUUUUACUUUGGAAAACAGUGAUUGGCAUUUUUUGCCUAAUUUUCUUAUGGAAGGCUUAACUGAAUCAGAAUUUAAUUUGGUUCUCUGCACUAUCAAUUUGGAAUAAUGUCCUGGAAUUGAAACAUUUUUCUAUUCGAUUAAUCGAUUAUUAAAGUAAUCCUAACUGAAAGUAUAGAUUUGAACCCGCAGGUAAUGCCAGUGGACCAAAUAAAAGUUAUUCACUGAAGUUCCUGACAAUUGUGUUUGGUAACGCUCGAUUGAAUACACUUCCGCCCGUGUGGUUGUAUUGUGGAAAGAAGCGACAUGCUACAGUUUUUAUUUUUACAUGACAAUAUACAAUUGCUUGUCCUUUUUUAUUUUGUCCUCAUUUGCAUCUGUGUUAUUUAUGUGCAAUUUAUUAUAAAGUUAUUGCAUCUCAGCUGUAAGUUCUUAUGAUAGCAUUUUUUUUUGUUAAGUCCCCUAAAGCAAGGCCCUUAAAAGGUCACAAAUCUGUCAACUGGGAGUAAAGUUAACACAACGGAAUGCUCCUCAUUAUUCCCUUCUGAGGUGGUCUUCUGUAUUGUUACUGUUUGAAGUAUCCUCCCGAUGUAACCUGAAUGUGGUGAACCGUAACUGACCCACAACGACACACUUGAACGUGCUGCUUUUUUGUCAUCAAUUUUUUAGGAUUGGCUCACACGACUCAAUUUGUAUGCUCUCGUGAAGGAUUGUCUUGUUUUGUAAUGUUGAACUAUCCAUUUUUGUAGAUAUCUGCCCAACAAUAUUUGUAUGUAUAUUCAUGCCCCAUGUUGAAUGACUUUUUUUAAAAAAUCUAUAUAUUUGGAGUUGCCUAACUGGAGCCGGUUGAAUGUCACAAGAAUGUAGACAUGUGACAUUGGCUUCAUUAAUUAAUCUAAAAACUGCCCGUCGAUUUUGCCUGCGUGUCCACUGAGAACCUCUUGCCAAAACAAAAAAAAAUCAAUUCAGAAAGGAGCUGUAGUGUUUGGAUUAUUAACAGUCAGUCUGAGAAUAAAAACUCGAUUGAUCAACUACAAUGUUGACGAGAUCCCCAGUGGACACGAGGUCAUGCACAUAGUUUUGAUCAUGUAUGUCGGGGAAAGUAGCGAAUUCAUGUCGACGUUCCUUCCGCAACUUUACAAAGAAAAGGGUCCAAAAUAAUCAUAAAUAUUAAUUGUGAAUUGUUUAUUGAUGACCAAAUUUAGUGCUGUCUUUGUUCAUAGGGUUGCCAUCGAUCCUCAUGUGCACUUUUGAUGCUGUUCUGCAACGUAGUCCCUGUGACGCAAUCACUUUAAUAGUGUUUGGGAAUACCUGGUCAAAAGCACAAUUAUUAUUAUUAUUUUUUUUUACAUCAGGUAAGCAAGGUCAAAAAGAGUCCAGCGACUUGUUCUAAAACUUUUAGUGGAAUUUCCGAGCAAGUUGCAUCACAUGGACUACGAUAAUUGUAUGGAUUCGGCAUUUUAACACUUUGGUAGUUCUGUGAUGUCACAAGAAGUUGAAGUUAGAUGCAUCUCAGGUUAGGUCGUUUUUUGUUGUUGUUGUUGUUGUGGUUGUUUAAAUGACGCUUCGGUCCAGAUUUGUGUAAAAGUAAUUCAGUGGCGCUGUACGUUUGCCAUCGUAAAGCAAAGCGGUGAUUUUGUGUCAAGUCAAAAUGCUUGUGACUGAAAUUGGAGGGGGGCUCUGUGUGUCAGUUUUGAAAGGAAUCCUUGCUGAAUUUGCAUAAGUUGAAAUCAGGUUGAAACCAGUCACAUUUCACGUCGUUGCUGAAAAUGCUGAGCGAGUAAAAAAUGUUGCGUUAUAUGCGAAUGAGCGACUAUACUCGGUAGGCCCGAAAUGUACACAACUGAACGUGACGUAACAUCUCCCUUCACAAGGAUGAUAAUGAGCCAUUGAAGCUGUCAGAGAGGUUUUAACUAAACCAUAUGUGAAUAAUUCGUCUUCGAGUUGCAGUCGAGCUUGAGCAACUCAAUAUUCGUGGCAGCGUGGACAAAUCGGGUCAGGCCCUCAAUUUUAUUACCCUACUGUCACGCUGAAAAACAGAGUUCACACUACUCAAAAUGGAGCUUAUCAUCCUUGUAAAUGGACAAUUUUGCUGUAAUUGUGUAAGUGGUUCUUCAAAAACUCCAGUAGAAGAAUGUACAGUAGUUGCUAUGAUGACCAUUAGUUCCUGACUUGAAACAGGCUUUGAAUGAUGUUGUCUGCGUGAUGGAAGUAUGCCCAUGUCAGCGCUGAGCACAUCACAAUCCACUUGUACAGGUUUUUUUUUUUUUAUUGAUAAUUUGACACAUUGGCUUUUUCCAAUGAUUUGUUAUUUGGUCAGUUGGAUUUUGUGCUCAGCCCUGGUGUUGGCCUCUUGUGUGGAAAAAAAUAAAUAAAUACAAAAAAAACAAAACAGAGGUGGGCAUUCCGUAAGGCAGUCACUGACAGACGCCUUGACAGAUGACGGGAAACUUUAAAAAAUCACGAAAUGUUCAGUAAUGACGGACUACUGCGUUGGUUAAAUUCAUGAAGUAGAUGUACAUAUUUUCAUAGUUCAUUUUUAAAUGCUUUUUGUCAGUAUUUUUAUUCCAUUAAAUAUGUUAGGGUUAUUAAAUGCGCACAUUUUUUUUUUCCAUUUGUAAGACUGUAUUUUUCGUAUAUACAUAUGCAUGUAUAUAUGUGUGUACGUGUGUAUAUAGUAGAUGUGUGUCAAGUUGUCUUUGUAUGUAUAUGUAUGAGAGCUGUCAAAAUUAAUCGUCAAGUCUCAGCCUUUGAACAGCAAUCAUUUCAUUGAUUUUUCUAUUCAUCCAUAAAAAGAAACAGAUUAUCUUUUGUGUUGAAUCAAAGCAAGACAUUUGCAAACCUCAGCUUUUACUACAGAAAACAAUAACCUGAAUCGGUUUCAGAACGUUUGAGUGCAACAUUAAUCGUUCUUGUGCGUUAUUGUUUAAUUAUCACUUUUCCUUAUUAAUCAACAAUACCAAAUAAACCACAAGAAAUUGUUUUGUAAUCCACUUUCACGCAAAAUAAAAUUGUGUUCAAUUAAUCGAUGGACUAAUCAAUUUUAAAAAUAUUCGAUAGUGACAGCCCUAUUACGUAUAUAUACACCUGUGUAUGUGUGUGUGUAAAACUGACUGAAGCGUUUUUAAAUAUAACGAUGACGGGCUGACCAUAACGUUUUGGUUCGGCUUGAAAUAAUGACAGACGGGUGCCCAAGUCGCUGACGAAUCACGGACCAGCAAAGUUUACAAACACGCCCACCUCUGGUUUAAAAAAAAAAAAAAAAAAUGUCCAUAAAUAUGUAUACAAUGAAAUAUUGGAUCGGUAUGGUGAGGGGAGAGAGUGUUGACUGUUGCGCUACCUCGAAACCAAACUCCACCCUCCAUUUUGACACCUUUCAGCUCACUAACCCCAACGGGCGGACGGAUGGACAAAAGGAGGAUGAACUUCAGCCCGCCACCUGCAUGAGUGGACACACGGCGCCUCCUCGUCUUCAUCCCCCGCCAUCAUCCUCCCAUCUAUGCCCGUCCCUCUUUCUGUCUAUUCAUCAAGUGUGCAGAGUGGAUGGAGGAGCCCCCACACACUCCUCCGCCCCUCGGCUAUUCAAACAUCUACUCAUGGUAAUUGGAAAUCUUUCCACUCUUAUGUUUAUGGUGUUUUAUUUCAUUCCCCAUUGUUUUUCUCUGUCUAUCUCGACACAAACAAUUAAUUGGUCCAUCGGUCCUUUUUAAUACGCAGUCCAUCUUUUGGUUUGUUUUCCACGCACUGUACUGUGAACACUUAAUUUAGCAGUUUUAAUAUAGGACACAUUUGCCUCCCACCCCCUUUCUCUCCUUACCCCUCGUUUAUUCUUAUUUCUUCUCAUGCUUAGAACGUUUGUACAUGUCUCUGCUUUUGAUUAAAACUAGAUGGUGUUGUAAUAAAACAUGUUUACUGAGGUUUACACUGUUGGAAGUGGCUCAUUUAUAUUAAAUGCGCUGUACUGUGUUUAUCGUAUAAACUGUUGUAGAGGGUAGAUAAUGGAUGCCUGUAUUUACAAGGUAAGAUUGAAUGUAUCCAUUUUUUGUGUAAUGGCAAGUAUGUAAAAUUGCAUCAACAUGGUCAUUUCAAGCAGAUUCCAAACAAUGCAUCAUUUUCUUGUUUUUGGAUGUUUUGGUGUGAAAUUGGAGGCACUACUAGGUCCAUUGCAAAUUCUGUUUUAUUUUUCAUAACUUGCAUCAAAUUAUGCACAUUGACACUCAAGCUGGUAUUGAGUCAACUCUGGUUCAGUGUUGUGUAUAUAUUACGCCAUAGACUGACGACUUUUAAUCUUGAAAUCCAAAUGUUGGGUGUAAACUAAGUAAUGUGUCAUAAUUUUUCUAAAUGUAACAAAAAAAGUAGUGAAAAACAAAGCAACUCCCCUCACCCCCCUUCUGUUUGUCCACUUGCCCUCCCUGUAUUGUUCAAAUGUAAGACUCCUUUGUUGUCAUUUUUUCCCAUGUGCCUUUUUCGUUGGGGUUUGUCCAAUUCAUUUUUGUUUUUUGAUUCCAACAUGCAUGUAGCUCAAAUCCUACCCUUGACGUCAUCCUCAAAUAUUUCCACUUUCUGCGUAGAAUGUCAUCCCGAGACAUUGUAAUCAGGAGACCACUGCUGUAGUUCUUUUAAUUGUAAGCAAAUAUUCCACAUAGUGGAUAUCCUCUUGUAUUAUAUUGUCCUGCCUGUGUUUCAUGUUCACAUGCUGAUCACGUGUAGUAACUGUAAACACUAGCAAAACAAUUACUUUUGCUUAAAUCAGGGUCCUGUUCCACCUCUCCACAUCCUCAUUUGUGUUUUCAAGUUGUGUCGAGGUAUUUGUAUAAACUUGUGAGAGGGUUUGUUAUGACCUUUCCCCCCCCUCAACAGUGCACAAGGUAAGUGUUUGCAGGUUAAACAAGAAGAUUGAGAAGAGAAGCAGACAGGUCCUGAUGUCAUUUUUUUUUAAAUCAUACUUGUAGAUUGGACAGUUGAAUGUAACAUUUGCAAGGCAAUAAUAUUAAAUGUAUUUUUAUGUAAUCAUGGAGAGGGAUUAAUGUAAGACUAUUUGAUCCAAUCAUAUUAUAUGACAUGACUGCACUUGUAUUUGAUAAGAUGCAGGAGAUAUUUUUAACCCCCAAUAAAUGACCUGUGACGCUGCUUUUGUGGUAAGACCCAGUUCAUCCAACAAUAAAACUUAAACAUUAA